AUGUUUAACGAACCCGGUGUUGUCGCCGAUUGCGGUCGUUCCCCCAACUGUACUCUGACUGCCACACCGGAUAGAACCGGCUUUGUCGAACCUCUCAGCAACCAUGAUAGCAGCCACCAUAACCCCGGUUUCUUCAGCCAGAACUAUGACGCUUACCCCUGGGCCAGCAGCACGGCUGCUCGACCGACCCUAUCACUGGCACCGAUCGACUUUGAUCGCCAAAUGCUUAUGAUGUCUCACUUCGAGGAGGCCACGAUGAACCCCCUUGGUGGUCCUUUGACCGCCACCCCUCUUAGAACACAGCAACAACAGCGCUACAUGCCGUUGAACUCGGACGACAACAUGAGGUCACACAACCCGGGGGGCAUAGGUUAUCCGGCAUUGUUGCCAAACGGCCCUGCUGAGACAUCGGCUGGCGCUCGGGAUGUAUCUCAGCACUCUCGUCAGCCCGUCACUGGUCCACAGCGGCCCGCAGCCACCCAGUUUCCGGUGCCCAUGGCCUGGCUGUACUUACAAAAAACCGUUCGCCCGUAA